AUGUUACUUCACAAGAUUUUAUUUAUAUUUUUUGUUUUUAAAAUAUCCAAUGGAAUAAAAGAAGAUGAUUUAGUUAAUCCUGUACCAGGACUUAUUUUUAAAUCUAAUUUUAAAACAUACUCUGGAUAUUUAAAUGGAAAUAAAGAUGGAACAUGGAAAAUGCAUUAUAUGUUAACAACUUCAAAAAGUAAACCUGAUACUGAUCCUGUCUUAUUAUGGUUAAACGGUGGACCAGGUUGUUCAAGUUUUUCUGGUGGAUUUGAAGAAUUAGGACCAUAUUAUAUAAAUUCAGAUAAUAAAACAUUAUUUGAAAAUGUAUAUUCAUGGAAUGAAAAAGCAAAUGUUUUAUAUUUAGAAUCCCCAAUUGGUACUGGUUUUUCAUAUUCAACAAAAAAUAUAUCAUUUGAUGAUGCCAAUGAUGAUCAGACACUUCAACAAAAUUUAAUGGCACUUGAUGAUUUUUUUAGUAGAGUUCAACCACAAUAUAAAAAUAGAACAUUCUUUAUAUCUGGUGAAUCAUAUGCUGGAAUAUAUUUACCAAUGCUUGGUGAUGCUCUUAUAAAAGCAAUAAAUAAUAAUUCAUUUCCUAAUCCAAAUUUUGGUGGUAUUGCUAUUGGUAAUGGUUAUAUGGAUAUUCCAAAACUUCAAAAUUCCCUUGUUUUAUGGUCUGAAUAUCAUGGAAGAUUUUCAAUUGAUGAAUGGAAUAGUAUUAAAAAAGAAUGUUGUAAUAAUUUAGAUGUAGAUAAGUGUAAUUUUUAUGCACAUUUUAAUUCAACAACACAGUUAGAUUUUUAUCCUGCUAAUACACCAUGUGGAAAAUUAUUAGCACCAAUAAUGAAUGCACCAUCACUUUUUAAUAUUGAUCCAUAUAAUUAUUAUCAAGAAUGUUAUAAUGGUGCAUUAAUAACAUAUUUUGAUGGAAGACCGAGUGUUAAAAUUUCUAAACGUACAUUAGAUAAGUAUGCACCAAAAAACAUAAAUGCCCAAACAAUUGUUAACCCAAAUUAUCCAUUCACAAAUAAUUCAGCUUUACUUAUUAAUAAAGAUUCUACUGAUGUAUUAUUUGGAUAUCCAUGCUGGCAGGAAACAUUUGUAGCUGGAUAUUUUAAUGAUCCACAAGUACAAGCAGCCUAUCAUAUAGAUCCAAUUUGGGCUAAAAGUGGAAAAGUUUUUAGUGAUUGUAAUAAUGAUUUAUAUGCAAAAUAUAAAGUAACAUACACAAAUAUGCAGGAACAAUUUAAUAAUAUGAUAAAAAAUAAUAAAAAUCCAAAUUUCAGAAUUUUAGUUUAUAAUGGUGACAUUGAUACUGUAUGUAAUUAUUUAGGUGAUUCAUGGUUUAUAGAUGAAAUUGGAGUAAAUAAUAAUUUUAAGAAAAGUAAUCGUACACGUUGGUAUUUCCGUCAAGAAGUAGGAGGAUUUGUUCAAACAUAUACAAAUACAAAUAUGAAAAUCCAUGUUCUAACUGUUCGUGGAGCAGGACAUAUGGUUCCAAUGGAUAGACAAGGUCCAAGUUUACAAAUGAUUACUAAUUUUAUGAACGAUAUUGAUUUCUCAGAUGAUAAAUUAAUUAAUAUAAAUCCAAAACCAGCUCCAUUAAUACAAACAGAUAGUACCAAUAAUAGAUUUUAUUUCUCUAAUCAAUCUCUUUUCUUUGUUAUUUUAUUUUUUGCUUUUGGAAAGCUGUUAAAUUUUAACUAA